AAUUGAGCUAGCCUAAUAUUUUCCACUAUUGGGAUCAGGGAACAUGAUGUUAUCUCAGCCAAACUUUUAUGAGUGGGGCGACCAGAUCAAUGAGUGACUUGAUUAUUUAGCUCUUCUGAUGUGUCUUUGGACUUCAUUCAAUAGUUUAUUCCAGCAAAACAAGCUAUAUUUUCCUUUUGGUCGUACAAGAACUUUCUAAGGAUUUUUUUUAUUAUUAUUGUUUCUACUGACGUUUAGUGCUACCAAAAAGGCGUUGGGUCGUUUUUCUUUUUCGUUUUUUCCACCAUGGCUUUGAAUGUAGCUCCAGUAAGAGAUACAAAGUGGUUGACACUGGAAGUGUGCAGGCAGUUCCAGAGGGGGACAUGUUCAAGAUCUGAUGAGGAAUGCAAAUUUGCACAUCCACCCAAGAGUUGUCAGGUGGAAAACGGACGUGUUAUUGCCUGCUUUGAUUCCCUAAAGGGACGAUGUUCAAGGGAGAACUGCAAAUAUCUUCAUCCGCCAACACAUUUAAAAACCCAGCUAGAAAUAAAUGGCAGGAACAAUCUUAUCCAGCAGAAAACGGCAGCUGCAAUGCUUGCCCAACAGAUGCAGUUUAUGUUCCCAGGAACCCAGCUCCAGCCAAUGCCCACAUUUCCUGUAGGCCCUGCAUUAGGAACAAACACAGCUAUUAGUUUUGCCCCGUACCUUACACAGAUGACACCUGGAGUUGGAUUAGUUCCUACAGAAAUACUCCCCUCUACACAAAUGAUUGUCCCUGGAAGUCCGCCUGUAUCAGUCUCUGGCUCAACUGCUACUCAGAAACUUCUCAGGACAGAUAAAUUGGAGGUAUGCAGGGAGUUUCAGAGAGGAAACUGUGCAAGGGGAGAAACUGACUGCCGCUUUGCUCAUCCAGCAGACAGCACGAUGAUUGAUACAAAUGAUAAUACUGUAACCGUUUGUAUGGAUUACAUUAAGGGUCGCUGCAUGAGGGAGAAAUGCAAAUAUUUUCACCCUCCUGCACAUUUGCAGGCCAAAAUCAAAGCCGCACAGCAUCAAGCCAACCAGGCUGCGGUAGCAGCACAAGCAGCUGCUGCAGCUGCAACAGUAAUGACGCAGUCGACUGCCAAAGCAAUGAAGCGACCUCUCGAAGCAACUGUAGAUCUGGCGUUUCCACCUGGCGUCCUCCACUCAUUACCAAAGAGACAAGCUCUUGAAAAAAGCAAUGGUGCAAGUUCACUUUUUAACCCUAGUGUCUUGCACUAUCAACAGGCACUGGCCAGUGCACAGUUGCAGCAACCUGCAGCCUUUUUUCCAGCAGGGUCAGUUUUGUGCAUGACACCAGCUACCAGUAUUGUUCCCAUGAUGCACAGCGCUACGUCCGCCACUGUCUCUGCAGCAACAACUCCUGCAACAAGUGUCCCCUUCGCCGCAACAACCACAGCCAAUCAGAUCAUACUGAAAUAAUCAAGACUAUAACAGACCAUCAAGAAGAUUCACAGAAGCUAUCAAAGCAUCCAUACUGUACAUACUAUCCAACCUCCUCCUCUAUAGAGUUGCCACAAACUGCAUGCUAAAAAAAAAGAAAGGAUAUUCUCUUUAUGGUCAAACUACAAAACUCUUAAGAAGCUAGUGCUGCUAUAUUAUAAAUUGGUAAUAUAUAUGAUAUGCGUAAUAUAUUCCAACAUAAAAUAGUUAACUACCUGAUACCAGCUGUGAUGUUAGUGGAUAAUGUUUACUUUUUAAUAUUUUGUAUACCUGACUUCCACUCUACAAUAUUGUCUUAUCACCUGUUAUAGCUAUGGCAGAUAUAAUGGUUUCACAUCCCACUAAGAGCAUACAGUUGAAAUAUUGGAAAACAUGUAAUAUGUACUGGAAAUGAUUUUCCAAUGACUUAUAGAAAUAGAAGUUAGGUAGUGAAUAUUAACACUUUAGUAUUCCUUUUAAGCCAUUAAAAUAGGACAACACCAUUCCCCCUCUGCAAAGAAGACCAAGAAGUUAAAGCAUUCUGAAAUCUAACAAUAAAUAAGCUUAUGACAAAGCACAAAAGCUGAGAGCUAAGUCUCAUAUAAAGAAACGCUAUGUUGGAUUAGGUGGGAUUUUAAAAAUAGCAAAUAUAUAUAUAUAUAUUAAACAAGGAAACAUUUGCACAGUAUGACCGUCAUACAAAAAGGAAGUCUUGAAAACUUUUAUUCUGUACUUAUUUUAUUUUCUAACCAAGACUUUGCAAAAGUGCCUAAAUUUUGCCACAGUACAUCAGACGCAAAAACAAUGAGACUAAUGUCAACUCCGUCGGCCACCAAAGUUUCAUCGCUUUGUCAGGCCUGUGAACCCAGGAUAAGAAAAUAGCAUCAGAGGAGGAGUUUACUUAGAUUAUCGAAUGUACAAAAGAGUCUAUCAGUCACUCAUAACUCAACGGUGACUUUAAUCUAUAUUAUUAAAGAGUUUUAAGCGUAGUGAGAGUUUAUGUUGAACCCCUUUCGGUGAUCGAGAGACCUGUAGCACUUUGCAGAGCAAUGGAUUGUGGGUCCCUCCGCACUUAACCCCUCUUUUGCCAAAUGGAGAGCUGCACGUGGUUGUGCUAGAUACUUUGGAGGCAAAGAGUUUUAAAAUGGGUUCAUAGUGUUAUAUUUUUUUUAUAAUUGGAUUCUAGAGGGUUGUAACAGGAUUACAGCACAAGGAAAAAAAAAACAUUUUAUGUCUCAAAAGAUCUCAAAAGAGGAGUUUGCUUAAGAUUAAAUAUAGAAAAAAAAACUACUUUAUGGAUAGAACAGAUUUUGAUGUUUACUUUUACAGUAGGCCGUUAAUUUACAUGUUUAUGUUUGUACAUUUUAAUAUGUAAUUUAGUUAAAGAUCUUUAUUUCAAGCACUAUUGUACCAAAUAUUUCAUGUUUCUAUGUUGCACAUUUGUCACAUAAAGUAAGUUGUUGCUGAAUAAUGGUUAUGAUAUGAGAACAGCUGUUAUACAUGAAUAGUAUAUUAAAUGUUAGAAAUCUGUUAUUUUUUUUCUUGUAAAACAAUAUUAGUGAUUGCAGUAUUUUCAGAAAAUUAUGAGAGUUGAAUGUAAACUAUUUUUAACGUGAGCAGCCUGCUCCAAAGGAAGGCUAUGUAAAUCUAUAUAAUCGGUAAUCAGGAAAAAAAGAUAUUCUGCCUUUAUUUUUGUUUAUUUUGUAAUAUAUGUGAUAUGUUAUAUGUACACUCAUAUAUUGACACAACUGAUUACUCAACACAGUUUAAUCAAAGCUCACCUGAAAAGUUGUAUUUUACUACUUAUAUCUCUACCAGGAUAUAUUUAAUACAAAGCUCUCACCUUUUUAAAUCUAAAAUAUAUAAUGUAAUAGCCAAAUAAGAAUGUUUUUCUUUUUGUUUUAUAUAUUUUGGCUAUGUUUCCUUCAUGUGCACGUAGCUCUGUUGACUGGUAGUCAAUAAGCUGUAAGGUAUGUCAGGUUGACAUAGUUAUAGAAGUGAAUGCUUGUUAUAGAAAAUGUAAUCAUAUACAUAGAAAAAAAAAUAUUUUGAUUGUUUAUGUUAGAGAUUAUUUAAAAGGUGAUAGUAUGGAGUUUUUACCAACGCCUGAAUUGCAUGCGCCAUCACAAACAAUUGUUAUGAUGUCCCUCUUCUUUUAUUAUUUAGUAUUAUGAGGUAUGACCAUGAGUGCUCAGAUCUCAAAUGGAUGGACAGUUUUCCAGUUUUACUUUGACUCCCAUUUUCAUAUUUUAAAAUUUUCACCAUUUGGCAUAACUAUUUUUUGUAUUUGUUUUUUUUUUAUAAUAUCCUCUUAAGUAGCCUCAUUAUAAAGCAUCAGGCAGGUAGUAGAACAGGUUUUACAGUAAACUGUUAUACUGCUAAAUGGCAGGACAAAACACAGUCAUAAACAUUGAUGUAUAAAGGAAUAAAACUAUCAUGUCCUGCCAUGUUUUGCAUUGGAAAACUAAACCCUACAGCUCAGAAUAUGUGUGGUGGAUACCAUCUUGUUAUAGCCUUACACAGACAGUCCACCACAAACCUAUAAUAUUCAAACGCCAUACUGUACAUUUAUUAACCCCAUUUUGGGUUACAAAAAAAGGUAUUGCGCCCUAGAACCUUUUAAAAACUAAGAGGGUUAAUACAUGACAAAUACUAGGUGUUUGUAAACUGUAUAACAUAAAAACCGGACCGGCACCAAAAUCUCUGAAUGGACUUUGGUAUUGAUGUGCAUUUAGUUGAUUUACUACAUGCUCAAGCAAAAGAAGAACAUGACAACACUUUGGAUCUGCAGUGUCCUUCUUCAAGGUCAUCUCUUUGUAUGGGGAUGUAAAAUAUUGCAAAAAGUUUAAUAAAUUAUUUUGGUGCA